AGAGCUGUCAAAGCUGCAGAGCAUGUUUACACUGAAGUUAGCCAGCUUCAACUACAUUCAUACACAACAACUUAACCAACAUGUCUUCGAAAGUUCGCGACAACGAAGAUACUUUUGAAGGACCGUCGGCUCUUAAGGAGGAAUUGAACAAAAAGAUAAAGGAGCAGAAGGUUGUUCUGGACGAGCUCUCCAAUCUGAAGAAGAACAGGAAAGUCUACAUCCAGCAGAGGAAUAGUAACAUCUUCUUCCUAGCAGACAGAAGUCAGACACUGGGUUCAUGUAAAAAGGAACUCGAUAACAUGAAAAAGGACCUGCAGGAUAUGUAAGACUGACCUUCAUCACAACAAUGUGCGGCAUCUUCUGUCUGCUGAGUCUGU